CACUUUUUCACGGAGAUCCUCAGAUGGCCGACGCUGCGUCCGACGCGGAGAAGCUUGCGGUGGCGAAGGGCUUCCUGCUCGCGAGUCCCCCUGGUGAAGUGCGGGAAGUAGCCAAAGAUGUGACCAAACUGGUGCCGCGCGGGUUGCUAUCUGACACGGCGUUGCGUGGGAUUAUGCAUACGUACAACGUGGAAAACUGCUUGCCAAUGCAACUCCCGAACGAAGAGGAAUCGAAGCGUUUGGUCAUUUGCCAGGAAGGCGAGGUGGAUGCAAGCCACUACCUUGAUACACACAGCCAAAAAGUUUGGGGCUUUGACCACGUAACACAAGAGAUCCUUCCACAGGACGUCCAAGACGCAUCUGCGCAUUUCACUUCGUCGCUUGAAUCACUUCGUGCGGCGCUUCAAGGCGAACUCGACUCGUACAUGUCUGCGCAAUUUGGGAACCAGGGUGCAGCUGCAGUGUUCGCGACCAACUCGACGAUCACGCUCAUCUUGUCCACCGAGCGCGUUAGCUUGCGCAACUUUUGGUCCGGUCGAUGGAAAUCCAAAUGGACGUUGGCAAACGUAUCUCCCGACUCGUCGGCCGCCACUCUCGCAGGUCGCAUUGAUCUACAUGUGCACUACUUUGAAGACGGCAACCUCCAGUUGCUGAGCCACAAGGACGUCGCGGCUGCUCAAGUAUGUGGUGGCGCACGGUCGCUGGCGCAAGCGGUGCUGGACACAAUUCGUGCCGAGGAGCACGUUGUUCAUAGCAAUCUCGAAGACAUGUACAUCAACAUGACGGAAGAAACUUUCAAGGAAAUGCGGCGCGUGAUGCCCGUGACGCAAACCAAGAUGGAGUGGAACUUGUUUGCCCAUCGCACGGCCAAGGACUUGAGUCGAAAGUAGCGACCUCGUUGAUAGGUGGCCUCUCAACCCACACUCGAUUCAAUAUUCAUUUCACGCUUGGUUUGAGUCA